AUGGAAAUUGAAGUCAGUGUCAACAGGACCAAUGUUUUCACUCCGAUUAAUCCCUGCUACAAAGUAGAUGUCUCUUAUACACUGACAAAAACCCCGUCCACAAUAUGUGUUUUGUUUCAAAUUUUUCUUGGCUCAUGCUCUGCUGUAACUGUAUGUGGAAACCUCCUCGUAAUCACCUCCAUCAUUUACUUCAAACAGCUGCACACUCCUACUAACUCUCUCAUUCUCUCUCUAGCUGUGUGUGACCUGCUUGUUGGCUUGUUAGUGUUUCCUCUCACCAUGGAAUUCUCCAUAAGCUCAUGUCUCUACUAUGGUGAUUUAUUUUGCAAAGUUCGAGGCAGCUUUGAGGUGUCACUGUGCACAUCGUCUAUUCUGAAUUUGUGUUGUAUUUCUGUCGACAGAUAUUAUGCAGUGUGUCAGCCUCUGACAUACAGAACUAAAAUGAAUCAUAACACCGUUAGUCUCAUGAUCCUGCUUAGUUGGUUUAUCUCUGUGCUGAUUGCAAUUAGCUUCAUAAUUGUUGGAGUAAACCGGGAGAAAUGUGCUGAAAAAUGUUUUAAUGACACUGUAAUAGUAGACACAAUGGCACUUGUUUUCUCAUUUUACCUCCCUGUGAUUGUAAUGCUCUGUAUCUAUCUGAAGAUUUUCCUUGUUGCACAGAGACAGGCACGCAGCAUCCAGAACACAACAAAGUCUGGAGCAACCAUCAAUAAGAUGGAGAGGAAGGCCACCAAAACUCUGGUUAUUGUUAUGGGAGUUUUUCUUUUAUGCUGGCUGCCUUUCUUUCUUUGUACCACAGUUCUUUCUUUCAGUCGUGUUUACAUGCCACUUCCUCUGACUGAACUACUGAACUGGCUUGCACUGUCAAAUUCAAUGCUGAACCCAUUCAUUUAUGCCUUCUUUUACAGCUGGUUUCGUUCAGCUUUCAGAAUGAUCAUUUCUGGUAAAAUAAUUCAGGGUGAUUAUACCAACUGCAAACUGUUCUGA